AUGGCGCUGUUCCUUGGCAUCGAUUGCUCGACACAGAGCAUGACGGGGGUUGUGAUACAGUCCGACGAGCCAUCGCAAUCCUCCAGUCCAUUCACGCUAAUUGCGUCCGCCUCCUUUCAAUUCGACAAGCGGCUACCACACUACGGUACAACCAAAGGCGUAUUGGCCAGCAAUGGACACGUGGAAGUGCCGUCGUUGAUGUUUGUCGAGGCACUGGAGCUACUACUUCAAGAUCUGACCGUCGAAUUGGACAAGUCUGGCCAUGCGAUGUCUCAAAUCCGAGCGGUCAGUGGGUGUGCCCAACAGCACACCAGCGUGUUCUGGAAAGUUUCCUCGCUCAAGUUGCCCCAAGACGGACGUUUGCAUGCGUUUUUGAAAGAGCAGCGUGCAUUUGACCCUGAAAACGGCCGCAGCUGGAUGGACUCGAGUACCUCCAGCCACUGCAAAGCGUUGGAGGCGGCCCUGGGCGGGAGUCAGCAUGUGGCGGACAUUACGGGGUCCCGGGCGUACGAGCGCUUCACUGGCAUCCAAUUGAUGGCAUUGUGGGGUCAAGUGCCGUCGAGGGUGAGUUUGGCGUCGUCGUUGUUGACGUCGCUGUUUCUGGGCCAGCUGUCAUCCGUGGAACACAGCGAUGCGUCGGGCAUGAACGUGAUGGACGUGCGGUCGCGGAAAUGGUCAGCACCCAUCAUGGACGCUAUGGAAGCCAUCGGCGGCGUUCCCCUUGGAACCGUACGGCGGGUCUUGGGCGACGAGCCCAUUCCGUCGACGGAGUCCGGGGGAACGGUGGCUAAAUUUUUUCAAUCGGUGCAUGGGUUCUCGGCCGAUUGCAUCGUGCUUCCAUUCACAGGAGACAAUCCGAGUUGCUUAGCAGGCAUGGGACUAUCGCAAUGCGGAGAUAUUGGAAUCUCCUUAGGCACAUCUGGGUGUUUGUUUGCAGUGGGCGCGGCCUCCGAUGUGCGUCCAUGUGGAGAGUUUGGGCAUGUCAUGGUGAACCCCGUGGAUCCGCUGACGUUGAUGGCCAUGGUGUGCUUCAAAAACGGUUCGUUGGCUCGUGAGAAUGUGAGGGAUCGCCGGGCGGGUGGGACCUGGCAAGAGUUUUCGCGGUUGAUGGAGCUCAGCCCACCGGGCAACCAUGGCUACUUGGGCUUUUUCUACUUGCAACCUGAAAUCACCCCCGUAGUGCCCACUGAGUCUGAUAGUCCGACCCUCAGCGGUGUGCAUGGAUUCAAUGGCCACGACGAGCCCCAGGACGCCCUCACUUGGCCGGCGGAGGUCGAAGUCCGAGCCAUCGUCGAGUGGCAAUGCCUUGCAAUGUACCGGUACAUCCAGAAGCUGUACAAAGGCCCCAUUCGCCGCAUUGUCGUGGGCGGGGGGGCAUCCGUGAACGCGUCCAUCUUGGAAGUGCUAUCGAAUGUCAUGCAGGCCCCCGUGUAUGUCGAAGCCAAUGGACACCACACGGCGGCGCUGGGCGGGGCAUUGCGGGCCCAGCAUGGCUUCCACUGCAACGAAGUGAAAUCGGCGGUGCCGUUUUGCCCUGCUGUUGACUGGGAAUUGAAGGCGACUCCGAACCGCAGAGUUCACGAAGUAUACAAGGCCAUGCUACAGCGAUUUGAACGCCUCGAAGGCAUCGCCAUUGCCAGUCAACGCGACAGAUAUUAUCAACCGUAGUCAAGUUGUGUCACACAAGGAGUCUAAUUG